AUGGAGGCAUACUCAUUGCUUGCAGCCUGGGGUUUCCAGUUUGAGGUUGAGGUGGACAAGGUGAAAAAUGCCUUGAGAGUUGUAAUUGACUCAACUUAUCUGUUAAACCUGGAUAAUGUGUGUGCUCAUGUGGUCCCAAUGGUGGGUAUUGUUCCUGAGGCAAGGAUGGCUGAUUCGGACCGUGAAACUGGUAAAAUAGUUCUAGAAAGUGGAGCACUGGUAUUGAGUGAUACGGGUAUUUGUUGCAUAGACGAGUUUGACAAGAUGUUAGAUAAUUAUCGUAGCAUAUUACAGGAGGUUAUGGAACAACAAAGAGUUUCAAUUGUAAAGGCUAGGAUCAUAGUAUCUCUUAAUGCAAGGACAUCGGUUUUAGCUUGUGCCAAUCCUAGCUGUUCAUGCUACAACCCUAGACUUUCAAUUAUUGAUAAUAUCCAACUUCCUCCAACAUUGCUUUCCAGGUUUGAUUUGAUCUACCUAGUGCUUGAUAAAGCUGAUGAACAAACAGAUCGACGCCUUGCAAGGCAUCUUGUUGCAAUUCAUUAUGAUGAUGAGCCUGAGGACCAAACAUUGGAUGCAUUGGACCUCCCAACCCUCACUUCAUAUAUCACUUAUGCAAGACAACAUAUACAUCCUAAAAUAUCUAAUGAGUAUGUGCAUAAGUUGUCUCCUCGAGGCAUUUAUACAAGUGGUCAUGGAAGUUCUGUAGUUGGUUUGAUUGCUUAUGUAUCAAAGGACCCUGAAACUGGUGAAACAAUUCUAGAAAGUGGAGCACUGGUAUUGAGUGAUAGGGGUAUUUUUUGCAUAGAGGAGUUUGACAAGAUGUCAGAUAAUGCUCUUAGCAUGUUACAUGAGGUUAUGGAACAACAAACAAUGUCAAUUGAAAAGGCUGGGAUCAUAGCAUCUCUUAAUGCAAGGACAUCAGUUUUAGCUUGUGCCAAUCCUAGCGGUUCACGCUACAACCCUAGACUUUCAGUUAUUGAUAAUAUCCAAAUUCCUCCAAAAUUGCUUUCCAGGUUUGAUUUGAUCUACCUAGUGCUUGAUAAAGAUGAUGAACAAACAAAUCGACGCCUUGCAAGGCAUCUUGUUGCAUUUCAUUAUGAUGAUGAGCCUGAGGACCAAACACUGGAUGCAUUGGACCUCCCAACCAUCACUUCAUAUAUCUCUUAUCCAAGACAACAUAUACAUUGUAAAAUAUCUAAUGAGGCUGUAGAGGAAUUUUAA